AUGCAGUCAGAGCAAAAUGAAACCAUAACGAUGUUAAACGUGACGACCCCGAUCCCUGGUGGUGGUGGAGGCUGCCCACCCGUCGGUAUUCAGCUGGAGGGUCUCAUCCUGCCCCCGGUCCUCACCAUCGACGUCAUACUGGGGCUGCUGGGAAACCUCGUGGCUCUGUGGAUCUUCUGCUUUAAACUGAAGACCUGGAACCCCAACAACCUGUUCCUCUUCAACCUGGUCAUUGCCGACUUCCUGGCGCUGGUGAGUCUGCCGCUGAGGAUCGACGCCCUGCUCCGGGGUCACUGGGUGUUCGGCGACGGUUUGUGCCGGAUCAACCUCUUCCUGAUGUUCUCCAACCGCUCGGCCAGCAUCGCUCUCAUGACUGUGGUGGCAAUUUACCGCUAUUUUAAGGUGGUCCACCCUCACCACCGCUUCAACCGCAUGACGAAGCGUCAGGCUGCGUUCGUGUCCGUGUUCGUCUGGCUGCUGGUGAUGAGUCCUCGGGUUCCCAUGCUGGCGUACAACCACAUCAAGGGCAGCGGCGACAGAACCCAGUGCUUCUUCUUCACCUCUUACAAAGAGGCGUCGCGGGCCAUCAUCAUCCUGGUCGCCAUGCACCGGAUCCUGACGGUGCUGGAGUUCAUCAUCCCGAUGGCCAUGCUGCUGUUCUGCUCCGUCCGGAUCUCCUGCUUCCUGCGGCAGCGACAGAUAGGUAAACCAGACAAGGUGCGGAAGGCGAUGCGAGUGUGCGCCGCCAUCGUCGCGGUGUUCAUGGUGUGCUUCUUACCGACCACGGUGACCACCAUCGGGGUGUGGGUCAUCCGCUCGUACCGCCCGUGGGACUGCGCCUCCUUCUACACCUUCACCCAGCUCACCAUCGUGUCUCUGGGGCUGAACUUCCUGAACUCGGCCCUGGACCCCAUCAUCUAUGUGUUCUCCAGCUCCAUGUUCAGGAAGGCGCUCUGCAGCUCGCUGCCCCGCGCCCUCCGCUGCGGACAGGACGCCGGCGACGGCGAGAAGGGGGCAUCCUCCUCAGGGAGUCAAUCGACCACCCAGCAGGAACUGAAGUCCAUGAGGGCCAGCAGAGGGAGUGAAGCCAUGUGAGGAGCUUCUCCUCCAUAAAAAUGACUGAUUCAGGAAAAAAAAUGUUCAUUCCUGCUCUGAUUCAUUUUUCAAGUUGUCUGCUUGUUGUGUGUUUAUGUGUUUUUUGAUUGAUUGACUCUUUUUUACCACAGCCCUCUCCUUGUGGUUGAGCUGGUGGCAGCAGUGGUCAUGAUGGUGUAAGGUUAAGAAGGUUCAGAAGUUAAUAUAAUUUAUAUUUGAGUUAUUUUACUAAAAGAUGCUUUUACAAUGUUAUAAUUUUCAUCAGUUGGCUGUUUGUGUAUUUAUGUUGCACAUUUAUUAUUUACAUAUUUACAUGUUGAAUGUUUGCAGCUGCGUCUUUAAGGCAGUUUAGGACUGGCUUCUGAUUGGUUAAUUCAGUCUGGUGGGCUGUGAGAAACCAGGAAGUGAAGUU